UCGUCAAAACUUAUUCUGACAAUGUGGUUACAUUCCCAUUUGUCAAAAGUAAAAUGAUUAAAAGUGCUGCGAUACUAGAACAAUUGAAAAUAGUAGAGAUUGAAAAUUUUCGGUAGCAGUGUUAUUUUCUUAACAUUUUUUAACUAAACACAAAAAAAGAGUGAUUUACAACAGUUAUGCGUUCAUCAAUUGUUUACAUUAUUUUCUGAACAAUGUUUACAUUAUUUCUACGAAACUUGUGAUAUUGUGUGUCUGCAUUAUCAAUUUAUAGAAAAUCAAAUUUUUGACACGCAGGUAAUUAAAUUAAUUAGGAAGGAAAAAUUAUUGUUUCUAAGCUAUUUAUUUGUUAUUUAAAAAAGAAGACACAUUUUAGUUAUAUUGACAAUGGAAACAAAUGAAAGACUUUUGAAUGGAGACGAAAGGGAAACAAUUCAAUUAAAGUGCAAUUUUCAUUAUGUUUGUUCGGCACCAGGGUUAAUACAAAUAGUAGAAUUGAUGUUACCGCCCUUGGGAUUUUUAUUUAUUACGAUACAAAUAUUGGACUCUUCUUUAAUUGAACUUUCAAAUAGAUGGAUAAUUAUUCAACUAUUUUUGAUUUUGUUAAGACUGAUACCAUUCUUGUUAUUUGAGGCUCAAGCAACGUAUUAUUUGCGCGCACUCUUGUUGUAUGAAUUAUGUAUGACUGUCGGAAUUUUAGCGUGCUACGUAGUGGCGAUUCCCUUUAUAUUCUCUAAAGAUGAACCUCGCGCGAUUAAUAUGAUGGUCUUUAUUACCUGCGGUAUCAUAAUUAAUGCAGCGCAUAUAGCUUGGAUUCUCUUUCGAAUAGUUAAUAAAAAUUCUCAUAAUUGGUAAUAUUCCAAUUUCCAAAUGUCACGUCGCACUUUACCGUUGUAUUAUAUUUAUAUUUUAUAACAUUGUAACUGCAAUAUUGUUACUCUAGAUUAUCAAUUUUUUGGUUUAUGUAUAUGCGUAUUAAAAAUUGUAUGUUUUUUAA